GGGAAACUAGGUUACACAUUAGCGCUUAGGGGUUAUAUAUAAAAGGGUUACUAUUAUUUUGCUUACUUCAUCACUUUGUCAGCAGCCGCAGGACACAUCGAAGCUUAAGGGGAAGAAUGUCUCACAGGAAGUUUGAGCACCCAAGACAUGGAUCACUUGGUUUCCUACCAAGGAAGAGAGCUAACCGUCCCAGAGGAAAGGUGAAGGCCUUCCCUAAGGAUGACCAAACCAAGCCUUGCAAGUUCACAGCCUUCAUGGGAUACAAGGCUGGUAUGACCCACAUUGUUAGAGAUGUCGAGAAGCCCGGAUCCAAGCUUCACAAGAAGGAGACAUGUGAGGCUGUUACCAUCAUUGAGACACCGGCUAUGGUUGUUGUUGGAGUUGUUGCCUACGUCAAGACUCCCCGUGGCCUGAGGUCUUUGAACACUGUCUGGGCACAGCACUUGAGUGAAGAGGUCAGGAGAAGGUUCUACAAGAACUGGGCAAAGUCCAAGAAGAAGGCUUUCACCGGGUACGCCAAGCAGUAUGAAACUGAAGAAGGCAAGAAGAGCCUCCGGUCUCAGCUUGAGAAGAUGAAGAAAUACGGAACUGUCAUCCGUGUUCUGGCCCACACUCAGAUCAGGAAGAUGAAAGGAUUGAAGCAGAAGAAAUCACACCUGAUGGAGAUCCAGAUCAACGGUGGUUCCAUUGCCGACAAGGUCGACUUCGCCUACAGUUUCUUUGAGAAGCAGAUCCCAAUCGAUGCUGUAUUCCAGAAGGAUGAGAUGAUUGAUGUGAUCGGUGUGACCAAGGGUAAAGGUUACGAAGGUGUAGUUACCCGUUGGGGCGUGACAAGGCUUCCACGUAAGACUCACAGGGGUCUACGUAAGGUUGCUUGUAUUGGUGCGUGGCAUCCAGCUAGAGUCUCUUACACCGUAGCCAGAGCUGGUCAGAACGGUUACCAUCACCGUACCGAGCUGAACAAGAAGAUUUACAGGUUGGGCAAGGUUGGUCAAGAGACGCACACAGCCAUGACUGAAUACGACAGGACUGAGAAAGAUGUGACCCCGAUGGGAGGAUUUGCACACUAUGGUGUGGUGAAGGAUGACUACUUGAUGAUUAAGGGAUGCUGCAUGGGUCCAAAGAAGAGGGUUGUGACCCUGAGACAGUCACUGCUUACUCAGACUUCCCGUCUUGCCAUGGAGCAGAUCAAUCUCAAGUUCAUCGACACUUCCUCAAAGAUGGGUCAUGGUAAAUUCCAGACGACCCAGGAGAAGAACAAGUUUUACGGCCGUGCCGCUACCAAGGCUUAAAUAAGUUUGUUUCUCUCGUAUUAGCUCUUUCCCCCAAAAAGUGUUGAAAAAUACUCUUUUGAACGAUUCUCUGCAAUUUUGUGUUUUAGUUAUUUGGAGAUUAAGACCAUUAUCAUUCUGCGCCUC